AUGACGGCAACAUCCGAACAUCUCGAAGCUUUUGCACCUUUGACAUGGGCUACACCGUACCUGACAUCUCCCAGCUGGAUUGCAUGUGACCGCCAGCGAGGCACCGAACCGGGUGAGGAUACGGACCGAUUUUGUCGCGACACAAUGCGCGCGAACAACGGCGUGAGAAACUGGCUCGAGCUGUACGAGAAGCCGGCGCCGGGCGCCAAAGUCACCAAGUCGAUAUCUCUGAUCAAGUAUGGAACCGGCUUGAACGGCUUUCCCGGCAUCUGCCACGGUGGCGCAUUAUUGACGCUCAUGGACGAAGCCAUGCUGCAUAUCCUGGUUGCCAAUACCGUGCUUGAACAUGGCCUUGGCUUUAUGAAAGUAGGAGAAGACUAUUGGAGACUCCAGCUUCAUGAUGGAAAGUCGGCACAAGAGGUGCUUAAGGGCCGAUUAGCCACAGCCACCAUGGACGUGAAGCUUCUGGCGCCGGUGUUAUGCCCUGGUGUUGUCGGCAUUGAAACGAUUGUACUUGGGGACACAGGGAACAAAAUGCGGAUGAAAGCCACGAUGAGGGAUCGACAGGGCAAGCCGCUACUUACAGUCGAGGGGCUGUGGAUCAAGAUUCGCGUUGUCAAGUCCUCAACACAGUUCAAGAUGCAUUCCAUUCUGGCUUCCGUCUACGCUCUCUCUUCCCUGCUUCCCCUCGCCAUUGCCCAAACCUCCGGCACGUUCAACACCCUCACAUUCAAUGUCGCUGGUCUUCCUGCUGCCCUGAACGGUAACGAUGUUCCCGGUGAUAAGACAACAAACACUGCCCGUAUUGGAAAGUUGUUCUCUCAAUACGAUAUCGGUGUCAUCAACGUUCAAGAGGACUUCAACUACCAUGCCACACUAUAUGCCAACGACGAUCACCCAUAUAGGACGCCUACCAGCGGAGGAGUGCCAUUUGGCAGCGGCUUGAACACUUUGAGCAACUAUCCUUACACUGGAUUUCAGCGAGUCAAGUGGAACACGUGCAGUACUUUCGAUAGUGCGGACUGCCUCACACCCAAGGGCUUCACUUUCAUGCGUGUCAAGAUUGCCGAAGGCGCAGUAGUCGACAUGUACAACCUACACGCCGAUGCCGGCACCACAGCCGCCGACAACAAGGCCCGCGCAGCCAACCUGCGCCAAGUCUCCGACUACAUCAAGGCCAACUCCGUCGGCAACGCCGUCGUCGUCUUCGGCGACUCAAACUCGCGUUACACACGCACCGACGACAUCCCCGACGUUUCCAAGACCGAAAACGGCAUGACAGAUGUCUGGCUCGAGCUCGUCAAGAACGGAGUCCCACCUGCCAAGGGCGCCGACGCGCUUCUCUGCUCGAACCCCUCCACGACCAACGAGUGCGAGAUCGUCGAUAAGACCUGGUACCGCGGCUCUGACGCUGUAACGCUCAAGGCCACCAAAUUCGAUUACGCAGGCCACAUGUUCCUCCAGGAGAACGGCGACUUGUUGAGCGACCACAACGGUGUGCUCGUUGACUUUUCCUGGAGCCUGAAUGCCCGCCGAAGCGUGUCUGAUGUGUUUGGCGGUGAAGAAGGUACGUGGUACAACGAUCUGAGCGCCAUCGCCAGUCUCGCCAGCCCGAAGGUGUCUUCCAUCACGCUCCGUGGUAAGGAGCGCAUUGAUGCUGUUUCCGUUAGCUUGGCUUCUGGACAGACGCUUUCGCAUGGUGGGACUGGUGGCGAGGCGACUACGCUCACUUUGGCUGCGGAUGAGACGCUGACUUCUGCGCAGCUGUGUCAGGGUCAGAAGAACGGUAAGACGAGGAUCUUCUAUGCGCUGUUUACGACUAGUGCUGGGAAGACGGUUUCUACUGGUGUCAAGACGGAUGACUGUGUUACGAGGACUGCGGGGACUGGUCGUGGUAUUGUUGGCUUCCUUGGUCGUUCGGGCGACGAGGUUGACCAGUUGGGAUUCAUCUACUCGAGCGCUUAA